UUCCCCAGAGUGAUCUCUGCCAUUGUGAUCAGUGGGAAGGCACUGGGAAAAGCUUUCUCAUUAAGCCACAGAUUAUGCCAAAACCAGAUUACAGCUGCCCAGUUGUUCAAACUGUUGAUGAGAGAAACGUGUCUAAAUUUUUCCAUUACAAAUUCAAUUUAUUCAAUCAGACAUUUUCAGGAAAAUUUGGUGUGUAAUAAUGCCAUGCCCUCUCUCCAGGAGCAUUUAAAAAAAGGGGGGUUAAAAUUCAUGAACUGCAAGUUCACCUAUCCAACCCGGACUGACAUCCAGGUGUUACAUGGACUACUGGUGUCUUUGAAGCCGGGCCAGAACCUGACCUUUGUGGGCAGCAGUGGCUAUAGGAAGAGCACUAGUGUACAGCUGUGGGAGAGGUUCUAUGAUCUAGAUGAGGGCAGAUUGAUUGAUGGCUGUCCAUCACACACUGUCAACGUGCCCUUCCUGAAGGCUCAGAUUAGCAUUGUCUCCCAAGAACCAGUGCUGUUUGACUGUGGUAUUGCUGAAAAUAUCCAGCAUGAUGAUAACACAAGGAACGUGAGCAUGGUGGAGAUUGUUGAAGCUGCCAAGAAAGCUCAUCUCCAAUACUUUGUGAUGACUCUACCAGAUGUGAGUAGUGUAACUGAAAUUGUACUAUCUUUUGUAAUACUUCUAUGUCAUAAUAUCCCACUUCACUUUGUACUGUGGCGAAUGUCAAAGAUGAAUAUUUUAUUGUGGUGGGAACAUGUUAUUAUCUUCUGAUACUGUUUGCUCUCAUUGUAUUGUAAGUACUGUACUGGACAUUCCUGUGUUUGACUAUCGCCAAUAGAAACUCAAGAUUCUGGUACUGGAUGAGGCCACCUCUGCAUUGGACACAGAGAGUGAAAAGGUUCCCAGAUAGCAUAGCCGUCAUGUCCCAAGGCGCUGUCAUAGAAAGAGGGACUCAUGAGAAAUUCAUGGCUGAGAGAGCUAUCUACUUUAGAAAUCUUUAUACUCUCUUUGGAUAAUUCAUUCCAAUCAUUUAAAAGUUAACAGCAGGUAUUUUGCAUAAACUAGUCACAGCAGGGGCUCCAAUCAGCUAAACCAAAUUUUUCUAGAGAUGGGAUGCAUUACGAGGAGAUGGAGUUUGUCACUAACCAAAGUACAUCUAUGUGAUAUUUUUAUGAUACAUGUGGAAUAACUAUAGACUAAACAUCAAAGUCCAUGGCGGGAAGUAUUCAGACCGCUUAAUUUCUUACAAAUUCUGUUACAUUACAGCCUUAUUCUAAAAUGGAAUACAUUUUUUAAAAUCCUCAUCAAUCCACACACAAUAGCCCAUAAUGACAAAGCAAAAACAGGUUUUUAGAAUUUGUGCAAAUGUAUUAAAAAUACAAAACAGAUAACUUAUUUACAUUCAGACCGUUUGCUAAGAGACUUAAGAUUUUGCUCAGGUGCAUCCUGUUUCCAUUGAUCAUCCUUGAGCUGUUUCUACAACUUGAUUGAAGUCCACCUGUGAUAAAUGUAAUUGUUUGGACAAUA